AGUGUUUAGUAAUAAGUGUUCGUGAAUAGUUCGGUGCAUAGUUUAGUGUAUUUAGUGUUAAUGCUUAACUAAAUAACGUUUAAAUCAUUAAAUUUCCCGUGUUUCGGUAGCAGAAAACCAUUUAUUACGAGCGAAAGUUUAAUAGCAAUCAGGCUAAUAGUUUUAGCCCUCAGGUCAAGUAAAUAUUCAAGUUAUAGCAAAUGGUUGGAUGUUUAGACCUGAAGUCGGCCUUCAUCAAGGAGUCGUUCAAGAAUUAGUGGAAAGCGUAGAAAGUGGAGAUAUAAGAUCUGUUCAAAAUUUACUUGAUGCUGGUUGGAGAUUGGAAGCGUCGCAAGCUAUUUACACCUAUUUGACUAGAUUGGUCGAUCCUCUGAUACCUGCGGAAAUACAGGCAUUAGUAUUGGAAAAAGUGUUAUUGAAUUUUAUAUUCACAGAUGAAAAUGGUGAUGUACCCGUAGAAGUAGUCGCAGCAGACGUACUUGGAUUAAUUAGACAGGAACUACCAGGAAACCAUCUUCAAUUGAUUGCAAUGUUAUUACAUCUUUUGGAUUUUGUUAUAAAAUCGUCACCAGCAGAUGAGCUACGAGGAAAUACUUUGCCAAUAUCUAUGUUACCAAUAUUUUUCAAUAUACAGAAUCAACAUAUAAAUGAAUGGAGAAGAAUAGCAGCAAUAUUUUUAGAAAUAAUUAGGCAAUCUACUAAUUACUUAGACGUAACUUUAUACGAUGAAGAAGAACAGGGGUGCGAUGAUUAAAACUAUUUAUUGAAAGAAAAGAAGAGCCGAAAUAAAACAUUUGUUUUUGUUAAAGUUGAAUAUUUAGAUAAGACAUAAAAUAUAAAGUGGA